CACGUGACGCUGGCCGUUGCUUGCGCGCGGGACAAAAGGCUGGGGGGGAGCUCGAGCUGCUCCUGCUGAUGGUUUGUGGUGGGGGGUGGGGCGCAGAACAUCACGUCUCCCUUUACCUGCUUCCAUGGCGUCUCGUCGCUGCCCCGGAGUGGCAGGUUCCUCUUCCUCCAGCUCGGGGGAGCAUCGAUCGACUUCGAUAUCAGCUCAUCCUGACCCGACCAGAGUGCUGUUCGAGAGUUGCAGGAACGGGGAUGUGGUCCGGGUGAGGAGACUGCUAAGGGCUGACAAUGUGAACGCCAGGGACACGGCAGGGCGCAAGUCGACCCCUUUGCAUUUUGCUGCGGGAUUUGGACGGAAGGAUGUAGUUGAAUUUUUGCUACAGAGUGGUGCCAAUGUCCAUGCAAGAGAUGAUGGAGGCCUUAUUCCUCUGCAUAAUGCUUGUUCAUUUGGGCAUGCAGAAGUUGUCAAUCUGUUGCUGUGUCAUGGUGCUGAUUCUAAUGCUCGGGAUAAUUGGAACUACACACCUCUCCAUGAGGCUGCUAUCAAAGGCAAAAUUGACGUAUGCAUAGUGUUGCUGCAACAUGGGGCUGACCCUCAUAUUCGGAAUGCAGAUGGAAGGACAGCAUUAGACUUAGCUGACCCGUCUGCUAAAACUGUAUUAACAGGUGAAUACAAAAAGGAUGAACUGCUGGAAACUGCAAGGAAUGGAAAUGAAGAAAAGUUGAUGUCCCUUCUUACACCAUUGAAUAUAAACUGCCAUGCAAAUGAUGGUAGAAAGUCUACCCCACUUCAUCUAGCAGCAGGAUAUAAUCAUGUUAAGAUUGUACAGCUGUUGCUUCAGCAUGGUGCUGAUGUCCAUGCAAAGGAUAAAGGAGACUUGGUACCUCUUCACAAUGCCUGUUCCUAUGGUCAUUAUGAAGUUACAGAACUUUUAGUUAAGCAUGGUGCCUAUGUGAAUGCCAUGGACCUCUGGCAGUUUACUCCUUUGCAUGAGGCUGCCUCCAAGAACAGAGUAGAAGUAUGUUCCUUAUUGCUGAGCUAUCGUGCUGAUCCAACACUACUAAACUGCCAUUCUAAAAAUGCCAUUGAUUUGGCUCCUACACCACAACUAAAAGAACGAUUAGUAUAUGAGUUCAAAGGACAUUCAUUAUUACAAGCUGCCAAAGAAGCAGAUGUGACCUGUGUAAAAAAGCAUCUGUCUUUAGACAAUGUGAAUUUCAAGCAUCCUAGGACACAUGAGACUGCAUUGCAUUGUGCUGCUGCUUCUCCAUAUCCAAAACGAAAGCAAGUGGCUGAGUUUUUAUUAAGAAAAGGGGCAAAUGUCGAUGAAAAGACAAAAGACUUUUUGACACCCCUCCAUGUGGCAUCCGAAAAAGCCCAUAAUGAUAUUAUCGAAGUGCUUAUAAAAAAUGAUACCAAGGUGAAUGCCUUGGACAGACUUGGUCAGACACCUUUACAUAAGGCUGCACAAUGUGGUCAUCAUCACACAUGUCGCUUGUUGCUGAAUUCUGGAUCUGACUCAUCAAUACUGUCAAUUCAGGGUUUAACAGCAUUACAGAUGGGUAAUGAAAGCAUGCUGCAGAUUUUACAAGAAGGUGCCAUGGCUGGAAACUUUGACACUAAUCGACAGUUACUGGAAGCAGCCAAAGCUGGAGACUUAAGUAUAGUCAAGAAACUCUGUACACUUCAGAAUGUAAAUUGCAGAGAUGUCGAAGGUCGCCAGUCUACUCCUCUCCACUUUGCAGCUGGCUACAACAGAGUAUCUGUCGUUGAGUAUUUGUUGCAAAAUGGUGCUGAUGUUCAUGCCAAAGACAAAGGGGGAUUAGUUCCAUUGCACAAUGCAUGUUCCUAUGGACAUUUUGAAGUGACAGAACUCCUUGUCAAACAUGGUGCAGUGGUCAAUGUAGCUGAUUUGUGGAGGUUUACUCCUUUGCAUGAGGCUGCAGCCAAGGGAAAAUAUGGUAUUUGUAAGCUUUUAUUGCUGCAUGGUGCUGAUCCAACCAAGAAGAAUCGAGACGGAAAUACUGCCCUUGAUCUGAUAAAGGAUGGAGACACUGACAUUCAAGACCUCCUGAGUGGAGAUGCUGCUUUACUUGAUGCUGCAAAGAAGGGUUGCCUGACCAGGGUGAAAAAAUUGUGUACAACAGACAGUGUUAACUGUAGAGACUCCCAGGGCAGACAUUCAACGCCUUUGCAUUUAGCAGCUGGGUACAACAGUCUUGAGGUUGCAGAAUAUUUGCUACAACAUGGUGCUGAUGUGAAUGCUCAAGACAAAGGUGGACUGAUUCCUUUACAUAAUGCUGCUUCAUAUGGGCAUGUGGAUGUAGCAGCAAUGUUAAUAAAAUAUAAUGCUUGCGUAAAUGCAACAGACAAAUGGGCUUUUACUCCCCUUCAUGAAGCAGCCCAGAAAGGACGGACGCAACUGUGCGCGCUAUUACUAGCACAUGGAGCUGACCCCACAAUGAAAAAUCAGGAAGGGCAAACACCAUUGGACCUAGUCACUGCUGACGAUGUCCGAGCCUUGCUGAUUGCUGCGAUGCCUCCUUUUGCCCUGCCACCUUGCUACAAGCCUCAAGCUGUUGUCAUUAAUACAUCCAAACCAACUGGAUCUGCAACCUCUUCAUUUCCUUCUGUUCCAUCAACUCCAGCAAAUCUGUCUGCUGCAAAUAACCUUGACAACCUUAAAACUAGUUUCUCUGAACAGGCUGCCAGUAGCAAUGUUUGUGGUGCAGAAGGAAUUGCUAGUUCAGGAAAAAAAGUUCCAGGAUUAGAAAUGACUAUGAAUCAGUUUUUAAGGAAUUUGGGCCUCGAACAUCUCUGUGAAAUAUUUGAAAGAGAACAGAUCACAUUAGAUGUAUUGGUUGAAAUGGGACACAAAGAGCUCAAAGAAAUUGGAAUAAAUGCUUAUGGGCAUAGACAUAAAAUCAUUAAGAGAAUUGAACAUGUAAUAGCUGGGCAUCAAGGCAUCAACCCAUAUCUAACCUUAAACACUUCCAGCAGUGGUACAAUUCUGAUUGAUUUGCUACCAGAAGAUAAGGAAUUCCAAUCAGUUGCGGAAGAGGUGAUCAUUCACUUUUAUAUGCUGCUAAAAAUACGCAGUGCCCAUUAUUUGCAGUGCCUUUUUUGGUUGAAUGUCAUAAACAUUUUACAGAUGCAGAGUACUGUGAGAGCGCACCGGGAUGGUGGCCAUGCUGGAGGAAUCUUUAAUAAAUAUAGUUUAUUGAAGAUUCAAAGGGUAUGUAAUAAAAGACUCUGGGAGAGAUAUAUACACCAAAGGAAAGAAGUAUCGGAAGAAAAUCACAACCAUUCAAAUGAAAGAAUGCUGUUUCAUGGCUCCGCCUUUGUAAAUGCUAUAAUUCACAAGGGCUUUGAUGAAAGGCACGCUUACAUUGGUGGAAUGUUUGGAGCUGGCAUAUACUUUGCUGAAAAUUCGUCGAAAAGUAACCAGUACGUGUAUGGAAUAGGUGGUGGUACUGGCUGUCCGAUACAUAAAGAUAGGUCCUGCUACAUUUGUCAGAGGCAAAUGGUAUUCUGCCGUGUUACACUAGGCAAGUCAUUUUUGCAGUUCAGUGCAAUGAAAAUGGCUCACGCCCCUCCUGGUCAUCAUUCUGUUACUGGCCGUCCCAGCGUGAAUGGAUUAGCGUUGGCAGAAUAUGUCAUUUAUAGAGGUGAACAGGCUUACCCAGAAUAUUUGAUAACCUAUCGAAUUGUGAAACCAGAGAAUUCAACUGAUUGAUACAGAAGUGUGCAUAUGACCGGAUUUUGUACUUGUGUGGGAUAUCCUGCACACCGCAUCCAUCACAUGCAACUAUACGCAUUUUAUCAAUGAAAAUAUUACAUUGUUGGUUUCUAAAUUGUGCAAUCCACACAGCUUUAAAUUCUGUCCAAAAUGAAUAACUUCUGAAAUUUGCCUUGCCAUGUUGCAGCAAAAUCCAUUCCAAAAGUCUGUCUCUUCUGUUAUAAAUUAACGCAGAUAGUUGAAAUUAUUGUAUCGAUACACCAGAAUACUGUUUCAAGAUAUAUCAUGGUAAAAUACAGUCUCUACAGAAUCUGGAAAAGAUUAACUGCUGCUCCACAUUAAUGUACCAUGACAUGUUUUUAUUGUAAAACUAUUGUAAAUAAGAAUUUUGUACUGGCUCAGUAACUUAUUUACACUUUUAUGUAAAUGUAUUGUUCUUAAGAUGCAAUGGCACCUAUAGUUAAGUAAUCGUUGACUUGGUUGAAGGUAUCACCAUACUGGAAAACAAGGUUUUUUUAAAACAAAACCAAAUCAAACCUCUGCUGUGCAAGGGCUGCUAUAAAGUGUCACACCAUUCAGUACAGAUGUGAAGUUGGCUAUUUGUUGAACAGAGAUGAUGAAAUAAAGAGUAGUGAUUUGA